GCCAUUUUAUUAAUAGGCUUAUAAAGCUACCAGACAACGACCCUUCCUCACUUCCCAGCCCCUCUCUCGUACCAUUCAAGCUUUCGCAUCAAAGUUUUUUCAAACACAUUAUUAUUACACCUGGAUCGCUCGCAUCACUAUACUAUUUGGUUUGUACUUCUUGCGCAAACCCCUUCAGCUAUAAACUCGGUAUUCCCAUAGUGCAUGAUCAUUGCCAUCGAUCCCCCCCUCCCUCCUCCCCUAAUACUAGCUAGCUUCUGUCUUUGUUGCUCAUCUUAUAAUACCUUUGCUUGCGUUCAAAGAAACCCAUUUGAGCUUUCCUUAAAUAUAUAGUUUUGGAUUUGAGGGAUUUUGAUCAAGUUAACAGAUAGAGAUCAUAGAGAGAAAAUAAGUUAGUGAUCAUGCAUCACUGCUGCAGCUCUCAGGGGGGAAACAUGGGGGGACAGUGUUCGUGUGGUCUGUUUCACAGCCAAAGUAAUUCCUUCUCCAUGCUCUUCUCCAACCCCAACCAAUACAGGCCAUAUGAUGAAUCCGAAAUGUAUUCCUUCACUUCAUCGUCUUCUCCUUCUGUGGAUUGCACCCUCUCUUUAGGAACCCCAUCCACUCGUCUCACCGAAGAUGAUCACGAAAAGCGACGGCGCUCUUCUUCCUCAGUGUCCAACUUUUGCUGGGACAUGUUGCAGACAAAGCAUACACCAUCGGCGCCGCAAACACACAAGACUAGCCGUGGAGGCAAUAAUGGCAGCAACCACAACUCUGCCAAUGACCCUCUCCUCGCUCGUCGCUGUGCCAACUGUGACACAACUUCCACACCCCUUUGGAGGAACGGUCCAAGAGGCCCAAAGUCCCUAUGCAAUGCUUGUGGGAUUCGAUUCAAGAAGGAAGAGAGGAGAGCCACAUCUGCGGCAUCAACCGCCACUAACAAUGGCGGUUCCUCGGGAGGACCUAUGGAGCCGGAACACAUGUUCAGCCACCACAACAAUUCGUGGUAUGCUCACUCACAGACCCAGAAAAUGCCUUGCUUCGCUCCUGCCAUUGGCAACGAGUUCCGGUUCAUCGAAGACAACGACCGAGAUUCCGAUACAGGCAUUCCUCCCUUCCUUUCUUGGCGUCUCAACGUCACAGACAGGCCAAGUCUUGUUCAUGACUUCACGAGAUGAAAAAGAAAAAAAAAAAAAAAAAAACACAGACGGUCAAGAUCUUUUAUUACCAUAACUUUUCACGACGAUGAUGUUGAAGAUAUUGAUGAUGAUGGCGAUGGUUAAUUUACAGACUCGUCAAAUUCUUUUGUUUUUCCCCUUUUUUUUUCAUUUGUCGUUGUUGCUUCUUCCUUUUCUCCGUCUAACAUAGAUGGAGCGAGAACAGGAUAAUUCUACAUUUCUUUCUUUGUUUGCUUUUCUUUCGAGUUUCCUUCUUUAUCUUUUUUUUUUUCUCUCAGUAACAAACCUAACUGCUGGCUACUUUUGUUGGUUU